UCUAAAUGCAACCCGGAUUUCUAUCAUGACAAGUCGCAAAGAAGAAUUGCACCUCCUUCAUGUUUACUCAUAGCAGUGUUGUGAGUCAGUGUAAGUGUACAUGUGGAGUGAGUUGUCUCUAUCGAUCAAGCUGAAUCAGAGCCUGAGCACGAGAUGUACAACCCUACACCGUACAAUGUCGUUAUCGAUUGGUGACCGACCGGUGCACGCAUUCCCGCUCACAUCGCUUCCUUUUUACCCAGCCGGCAGAACGCCCGAAACCAGCAGGAUGUCGUGGGACAGCUACAUGGAUACCCUGGCAGGAUACACCGAUCACAAAAUGAUAUUCGGUGGCAUCUAUGGAUUCGACGGUACAAGGUGGACAGACAAGGGGGACUUUGCCCCCAACAUAAAAGAGGUGACAACCAUGGUGAAUGCCUGCAAUAACAACUGUACAGACUUAUCAAAUGCAUACACUAAUGGGGUGUAUCUUAAGGAAAAGAAGUUCAGGUUCUUGCGAUCUGACCCUGAAGAGAAGUUGAUCAUAUUUACCCGCAGUGAGGGGGAACAGCUUCAAAAUGGCUGUGCAGUGUUGACAAAUCAAACCAUUCUCAUUUGUGUAUGUCAAGAGGCAUCUAAAGGAUCUGCUGCCGUCGACAGUGCAACUAAGCUCGCCAAGUACUUGAAGGAGAAUGCAUAUUAACCAAGCUCUCUGACCAGUUCUUGAUAGGCAGAGUAUCGUCGUACCAAGACAACAUUCCGCAGCCUGAACCAAUGCUAUGCUACUAUGACAAUGAACUCAUCUAUAAUUUGUGUAAUGGCGGUGAUCAAACAAGCUGUAGUCAGUAUUAACAGACCUUACUGAACUCAUUUCUCUGUGCAUGACUUGGAACCUGUUGCUUGUAAUCUGUUUGACUAGAUGCUCACAUUUACCAACUGUUUUUUGUUGAAUAUGUUUAAAAGAUCAACAAAGUGAGUGGAUUAAUAAAAAACUUCACCUGUUAAGCGUUAGAUUCUGUUGCGAUUCUGUAACCCCAACACAUGGCCUUAUUAGGAAUAACUGUAAUAAACUAGCUGUUGUCA